AGAGGCGUUGACGAAAUAGAGUGUUGUGGUAGAAAAUAGUCUUUGCAUCACCCACGAUAGCAGUAUUUGUAGCUCAUCUUUUAAUAUUCAGCUUUAGUAAUAAAAACCAACAGAGAUCAGUGUUUAAAAAGUACCUGUCGUUAAACUCGUACAAGCUGUGUAUAUGGGCGAGGAACAUCUAUACAAGCACCAUGACAUCUAGAGGAGGUGGAACUACGCUGACACGUCGUAACUAUAGAUUAGCUUCAGACACAGACAAACCAAAAGCCACAGGCAUUGUAAGUGAGAAGCUCCUGAGUGAUUAUCUUCAUCAUGUAUUUCCUUCCACUAUGGGGCCGACUGUGGCUUCUCUCAGGAAACCCCUUGGAUUUCAGGAUCUUGGCCCCCAUCUAGAAAAAUUGCUCUGUGAGGGAGAACCAACAGAUGACAAUAAAGAUCAGACUGUUGAAGGGCGCUUGGGUCCCCAGCCUGUUGUCCUAGAUCACACCAGUGGGUUUGAGGGCCUGUUGUUUGUUGAUGACGACCUUCUAGGUGUCAUUGGCCAUAGCAACUUCAGCUCCAUUCGAGCCACAACAUGUGUUUACAAAGGGAAAUGGGCAUAUGAAGUGCUAAUCUCCUCCCAGGGUCUCAUGCAAAUUGGGUGGUGUACACUCAAUUGUCGCUUUAACCAGGAGGAGGGAGUGGGUGAUACUCCUGACUCUUAUGCAUAUGAUGGAAACAGAGUGCGCAAAUGGAAUGUUACAACGACAAACUAUGGAAAGUCAUGGGCGGCUGGAGACAUCGUCAGCUGUUUAAUAGAUUUGGAUGAAGGAACCAUUACGUUUUGCUUGAAUGGACAAUCUUUGGGAACUGCUUUUACUGAUAUUAAAAUGGGCCCAGGAAUAGCAUAUUUUCCUGCCAUUAGUCUCUCCUUUAAAGAGUCAGUGGCUUUCAACUUUGGUAGCAGACCACUCCGAUACCCUGUGGAUGGAUACAUGCCACUUCAAAAUCCACCUACAGUAGAUCUGUUGAAAGCACAAAAACUUCUGGGCUAUGUCAAAAAUGUUCUGUCUACAGCUCUGGAUUUACAGGAAGAGCGAUUGGUAGAGAAAGAAAUUUCAGUGUGGAGACUUAAUGGAGAUCCUACAGUCCUGAUAACCCUGGCUCACAUAUUCAACCACUUUGCUCCAUUAAUGUGUAAAGUUUAUUUGGUGGAAGAUGUGUUGAUGAACUUUCUGUUGGGUAUCCUGGAGGGUGGAGGUUCAGUUGAUGAGCAUCCACUCAUUCAACAGCUGCUUGACCUCUUUUGGCUACUUAUGGAGGAUUAUGAAGUCAAUGAGUGUUUGAAGCAGCUGAUGAUGUCAUUACUGCGGGCCUAUCGUUUUUCCCCCAUAAUACCUGAUCUUGGUUUCCAGAUUCAUUACUUGCGUCUGACUACUGCCAUACUGCGCCAUGAAAAAUCAAGAAAAUAUCUGCUGAGCAAUGUAUUAUUUGAUGUGAUGCGUUCAGUGGUGUUUUUCUACAUCAAGACUCCUCUGAGAGUGAAGGAAGCUGGUCUAGAAGAGCUUAUACCAACAACCUGGUGGCCAACUCACUUUGACAAAGAGGGAAAAGAUGAGCGAGAACCCAAAGAUGAAAGUGCAGAUGAGCGCCUAAGACGUCGGGCAUAUGAGAGAGGCUGCCAGAGGCUCAAAAAGAGGAUUGAAGUGGUUGAGGAGUUACAAGUGCAGAUAUUGAAGCUGCUUUUAAAUAACAAAGAUAAAACUACAGGGGAAGCAUCACGAUACAUUUUUCUAAACAAGUUCAGGAAAUUCCUUCAGGAAAAUGCCAGCAACAGAGGGCAUCCUACUGCUCUGUGUCCGCCUGAGUACAUGGUUUGUUUCCUCCAUCGGCUUAUUACAGCUGUACGAGCCUGCUGGGAUGACGGCAAAAGAAAAACUCCAGGCACCAUUAACAGUGAAGAGGCCUAUGUCCCUCCUCAGCUCUUCUACAAUGGGAAGGUAGACUACUUUGACUUGCAGAGACUUGGGGGACUCCUCUCCCACUUGAAGAAGACUCUUAAAGACGACUUGGCCAGUAAAGCUAAUGUCAUCAUCGACCCUGCAGAGAUUCAGGCCACUUCCAUGGAUGAUCUUGAUGAGGAUGAGGAAAAUGGAGCUGCUCAGAGACCCUUUGGUGCUGCAGCAAUGGGUGGAGCUCUGGCACGUCCUAGCUGGCUAAGUUCUCCAACACUGGGACGAGCAAACAGGUUUCUCAGCACAGCUGCUGUUAGUCUCAUGACCCCAAGACGACCUUUUACACAACCUGAAAAAGUUAAGGUUCGAACUCUUGCUGUGGAACAGAGAACUGAAGAGGAUAUCGAGGGAAGCCAUGGUAACGAUGGCCUGUUGCUGGGGCGACCGAUGGAAGAACCCGAGCAGCCAAUCGCAGACAAGUCCCUGCUGGAAAUUGUUGAUGGAAUUGUGAUGAUGUACAACCUCAGUGUUCAUCAGCAACUUGGCAAGAUGGUGGUGGUCUCAGAUGAUGUUCACGAGUAUGCUGUAGCCCUGAAGGACACAGAUGAGAAAAUAGCACGGUGUCCCGUGAGAAGACCAGAUAUUUUGGAGGAGCUCCAGAAAAGCCAGAAGGUUUUUGCAGAAAAGUUGAACCACCUAAGCAGAAGACUAGCCUGGAUUAAUGCCACCGUCUACUCAAAGGAGAAGAUGUUGGACAUAUACUGGCUACUGUGUGUAUGCAUCCGGACCAUUGAACACGCCGACAACACUGGGUCUUUGUUUGCUUUUGCACCAGAGUUCUACCUCAAUGUAGCUAUGAAUGCAUACAGUGCUCUGAAGAACUACUUCAGCCCAGCCAACAGCAUGGAUGAACUACCAGGCUACGAGGAAACCCUGACUCAACUUGCUGCUAUCCUUGCUAAGCACUUUGCAGAUCCACGUAUAGUUGGAACAGACAUUAAAGAUUCUCUGAUGCAAGCCCUGGCCAGCUAUGUCUGUUACCCACAAUCCCUCAGGGCUGUCGAGAGGAUUCCAGAGGAACAACGAGUUGCCAUGAUGAGGAACCUGUUGGCUCCCUAUGAACAAAGGCCAUGGGCUCAGACUAACUGGAUACUGGUCAGACUCUGGAGGGGUUGUGGUUUUGGCUACAGGUACACUCGACUGCCUCAUCUCCUCAAAACCAAACCUGAAGAUGCCAAUCUUCCCAGUCUGCAGAAGCCGUGCCCAUCGCUAUUGCUGCAGAGACACAUGGCAGAACUGCUGAGCCUGGAUAAGGACAUGGCUGCCUCCUUCCUUAACAGUGUCCUGAACCAGCUCAACUGGGCCUUCUCAGAGUUCAUAGGCAUGAUCCAAGAGAUUCAGCAGGCUGCAGAGCGCCCAGAGAGAAAUUUUGUGGAUACUCGUCAACUAAAGGUGUGUGCCACAUGCUUUGACCUGUCUGUAAGUUUACUGCGUGUGCUGGAGAUGACAGUUACACUUGUACCAGAAAUCUUUUUGGACUGGUCGCGUCCAUCUGCGGAGCUCCUCCUUCGACGAUUGGCACAGUUGUUAAACCAAGUACUGAAUAGAGUAACAGCUGAGAAGAACCUAUUUGAUCGUGUUGUCAAUCUGAGACUGCCAGGUCUUGAAAGCGUGGACCAUUACCCCAUCCUCGUGGCUGUUACUGGCAUCUUGGUCCGUAUCCUAGUGGAUGGAGACAGACAAGGGACAUCACGAGCUGCAUCAGUCCUGCUCUCUGACCCCUGCUUCCAGCUCCACUCUAUCCAGCACCUCUUAGGGGAGGGAGGGGAGUCCUCCACCACCACAACCGUGACCUCCACCACUCUCCCUGUGGUGGGGUCUUUGAGCUCCUCUGUCACACCUCCUGCAGCCACAGCACCUGGCUCUACAGAGCGCAAGCACUUUUCUCUUCAUGCAUAUACAGACUACAUCAGUGACGAGGAAAAACAUAAAGUGGAGCUGAUGUUGGCAUUCCUCACCGAAGAGUCCAAACAAGCUGCUGCCAGUACUGCACCAACCAGUGAAGAAGACCUCUGCCCCAUCUGCUAUGCUCACUCCAUCUCUGCUAUCUUCAAGCCAUGUUCCCACAAGUCCUGCAAAGCCUGCAUCAAUCAACAUCUGAUGAACAACAAGGACUGUUUCUUCUGCAAAGCCACCAUUACAGGGGUCGAGGACUACAGCAAACCUCAAGGAUCCUAACAAACUGCAAGAGCACUAACUCCACACGCACACACACACACACACACACAUACACACACACACACACACACACACACACACACACACACACAGAGGUCUGCAGGAAUCAUUUAAAAUAAUAAACACAGAUGUAUAUGACGUGUAUAGUAAACUCCAAACUCAGUCAUCAAAAGCACUUCUUUCUGACAUAUCAGUAAACCCAAAGAUUUUACAAGCGUCUGUACUGUAUUUAUGUGGUUAAAGGGACAUAAUACAAAAAUACUGCAGAAUUAUUGUCAGUAUUUACUUGUGGGGAAAAUGUAAAUGGACAGCACGUGAAAAAGGCUAAAAAUGCUCGAAAUGUAUGUUAUGUUACAAAGAUGCUGGUGUUAAGUUUACUCAUGGCGCAAUUGUUGUAGUUUAUGUAAUAAUGCCAUUUUAACCAAACUAUUUUCAUUUAAAAUCCAAAGUGGGAAAAAAAUGCAAACUGGAUAGUCAGAAGCCACUUAGUUUGCUUUGUUUUAAAGCAUUUCUGUAUAUAAAGUUUAAAAAUCAUGAAGAAACUAGACAAAAUAUAACAAUUUAAAUUGUACAGGUUUAUAUGAACUGCAUAUAUAAAUAUGUGUAAAACCAUAUACAGCAUCUCUAAUUUUAACUUCUAUUAUCUACUUAAAUGCAUAUUUAUGUACAGGACCUCCUUGUAUUUUAAAGGUCCCUUUUCUAUUAUUAAUCUGCCAGGGGUCUAAAUUUGUUCGUUCAGUGUAUAAAGGUUUGUUACAGUUCAUAUUGUUAAACAUGUUAAAAGCAGAUCAUGAGUUGUCCAUGAGUUGUAGUAGGGUUUGAUUGCACAGUAGAAAUUAAUGUGCAGUUCGAUCCAUUUGAAUGAACUGGAAUAAACCCUGGCUUCCAGGAGCCUGGCUUCAAUUGAUUCAAAGUUUGAGUUAUUCUCCUGAAGAAUAAUAUUUCCUUCAUUGGUAAAUAUAUUAUCAACUAAAAAUAUCAAUAAGGAUAAAGAUUAUUAACAUAACAUUGUACUGUUUUUGAGCCAAAACCAUAUAUAUCAUGUCAAACAAGAGUCUAGCUAGGGUUAAUUAAUUCCUUUAGUCUUUUAUGCUUAAUUUUGAUAUAUUUUGUCAAUCUGCUGACUUUUUUUUCUAUUUGGCCAAUUCGUUUGUCAUUUUAUUGGGUGUCAGAUUAAAUAACAUUCACACUGGCUGAGGUCAAAAUGAAAUAUUGCUUGAACCUUGCUACUUGCUUGUUUCAGGUGUUUCUUCUAUUUUAUGAGACCACAAAAUGAUUUAUUGUUGUGUUAAAUAGAAAGCCUACGAUGUGAGGGGACACACUGUUCCCUGUACAGCACUUAUAAGGCACACUGCAAAGACAUGGCCCUGUAUGUUCCUAAUAAAAAAUAGUGGGAGCUGAGGGGACGACAGUGCUGUCCUCCAGUGUAAGGAUGAGCUGUCAUAUUUGCACAACAACUCACCCCAACCUGUCACCGCAUGUACCCUCUUUUUCACCAUACUCUGAACUACACAUCACCUUUACUAGUGUGCAUGGAGCAAGUAUACAAUGCAUCCAUAAUAAAUGUCAUUCAUUACUGGCUGAGGAGGAAGUCAACAGUCAUUCUAACUGUAUAAACAGGACAAUAAACAAGACAGAUUAGGUCUGCAUCUGAAAGCCUUUGUAAACAGUUUAAUCAUAAUACAUUUGUGUUCAUUUGAAAUUCUGCUUAUACUGUAGGGUACCAGUGUGGUCUAUUGUUUUUUCAGUGUGGCAAAUAAUUCCAAAACACUGCUAUCAGGAAAUCACAUAUGCUAUGGUUCACAGUAAUAUAAAUAAACCAGCAUAAUGUUACAGAUACAGGUGAAAAGAUAUGAUUUUACUCACAUUCAAGACCAGGGAAAACUUGAUCAAUAAAUUGGAUUAGUGAUUGUACUCUAUUGAUUGUAGGCCAUUACAAGGUGAUUUUUAAAGACUGCAAAUAAACUAUUGUGGUGUCAGUUUACACAGUGCAUCCAGAUCAGUAACUCAACACCAAAUUGUUGAUAGACAUGCUACCAAUAUACUGUGUUUUUGUAUGUUUACAUUAUUAAGGCUUUCCAUUUAAGUUCUUCUCAUUUUAUUUUAUUUUAUUUUUUAAAGAAACCUAUUCGAAGAGUUGUUUAUAGAUGAUUUAUUGCACCCUGUAUUAUUUACACUGACAAAUUUAGUAUGGGCCAUGUCAAAUCUAACUGCCAUGUUGUCAAGUAUUCUUACUAAAGGCCCGCAUGGUGGAAGGUGGAUAGAAUUUACAGAACAAAAACUUUUUCUGAAAACAAAACAAUUUUCUGAAAUAAAGUGGUGAAAUAAAUUUUUUGUGGCUCCACAUAGACAACUGAAUGAAACUUUAAUCAUGUCUAAAAUAUGAAAGGAUUUGUCUGAGGGGGAAAGGUUAUGUAGUCAAUGGCAUGUUUCAGCUUGUGUCCGAGAGUGCAUAGUGGUACUUAUAAUAAUAUAUAUUCUAAGCAUGUAUUUGAGUGAAUGGAGUGCCUAUCAUGUGGGUUUACAGAGUGCUCUUGUUGUCAAAUGAUUGUAACGGCUGCACUAAGCAAUAUUAAACAGACUAUUGCGUUUGUUUUGACUUUUAUCUUUUUGGGCAAUUUGUAGAGAACUUAAAGUGUAGAGGAGAGAAGGGCUCUUACCCGACUGUCUCUUCUUUGUGAGUGCACAAAAUGUAUGGACUGUGUAACUGCAUUAAAUUAUUUAUUCAAACCGG